GUAGUAUACGCGUAUCGUCUAAAAAUGUGUGGACGCGUAUGAUAUCAUCACGUAAUAUGACGUCAUCCUUGGUACCGCGCUCAAAGCGCAGUCCUCCAGUCAAUCGCUGACGGCCGGUGUGCUACAACGUCUUCCUCAGAUUUCAGGGCGGAUAUUAGACGGCAGCAACGAUGUCCCACUCGGUAACGAUUAGAACGCAGACAGUGACGUCCGGAUCGUCGGCAAUAAUCGUUAACACCAGCUACCUGAAAACUUGGAGCGGUGUAUUGAAGCUCUUGCAAUUGGCCCUGGGUAUCGUUUGCAUAGGAAUCGUCGGACACACAAUAAAUAAAUACAGGUAUUGGACCUCCGAAGAAUUCUUCUUUCUUCUCAUGGCAACCACUUUUAUGAUCGGUACUUUUAUCCUUCUUGUGAGUUGUCUGGCGUCUCUUUCUACCGCAACUGUUAUAUCUAAAACAAUUUACGAUCUCCUUUACCACGCAUUCGCUUUUGCAUUAUUGCUCGCGGCCUCGUUGACGCUAACGGUACAUGCUAGUAAUUAUAAAAGGACGUCGGUGUACGAAUUAUUAUUAGCAGCUUCUAUAUGCGGUCUAAUAAAUGUUGCUGCAUAUCUCCUGAGCACAAUUAUUGCAGUUCGCACCUAUAGAGGGAUCUAAAGAGUCAACUAAUGUGAGCAAAUUGUGCAAUUUCUUAAAGAGUGAAAACAAGUUACUUUUAUACGAAUUAUAUAAAUCAAACUUACGCAUUUUGCGAAUUCUAUGUAACUAAAUCGAUGUGCAAUUUGUACAAUGAAUUUUGACUGCCUAAUAUCGUUUGUCAGAUAAUGUGUAUGGAUAUCAACAAAAUAUUUUUAUUAUUUCACUUU